AUGCGGCUCAUCAACACCGGCACAGGAGUAUUCAAAGAAUUCAUCGGUCGGAAGACUCCAGAGUAUGCCAUUUUAUCCCAUACUUGGGAAGAGGAGGAAGUGUCUUACCAGGAUUAUGUCAGCGGUGCUUAUUCACACAAGAAAGGAUAUGAAAAGAUCAGGAAGACGCUUGAACUGGCUAAGAAGAAUAAUUUGUCUUAUGCAUGGAUAGAUACGUGUUGUAUCGACAAGAGUAGCAGCGCCGAGUUGACAGAAGCAAUCAACUCAAUGUAUCGAUGGUAUCAAAGAAGUCGAACAUGUUUCGUGUAUCUCUCGGACCUCAAAUCAGAACGAAACUCACGGGAUCCUAGAGGAUGUCGGUGGUUCACGCGCGGCUGGACGUUACAAGAGUUGAUCGCCCCUAGCAGUGAUGAUAUGUAUUUCUACGACUCGGAAUGGAAAUAUGUGGGAUCCAAAACAGAUCUUGCGUAUGAAAUAUCUAGAGUCACUGGAGUUUCUCGUGAAGUCUUACUGAGCCACGACGCUCUUUCAUCAGUAUGUGUUGCUCGGAAGAUGUCUUGGGCUGCAAAUCGAGAGACUACUCGCGUCGAAGACAUGGCAUAUUGUCUGCUCGGCCUGUUCAACGUUAACAUGCCCCUGUUAUAUGGAGAAGAAUCAAAAGCCUUCCGGAGACUGCAAGAAGAGAUCAUCAGAACGAACCCCGAUAUCAGUAUCUUUGCUUGGAAAGUCGAAAGAACAUACAAAGAUUCACGGCGUAUAGAUCCAGAAGUUUCGGCCCACUGUGGUAUACUGGCUCAAUCCCCAGCUCCAUUCAAAUAUGCUAGAAGGUUCCAGACCGCAUUGGUGGGUGGUUUCCAACAGGAGUUUUCGAUCUGCAAUAACGGCAUAAAAACAAAUUCCCUUUUUACUGUUUUUGGAAAUCAUGGUGGUUUCUACGUCUUACCGUUGUACUGUCGGACGACAGAGGGUACCGAUCUUGCUAUACGGUUGCGAAAGGUAGGACCAGAUACCUUCGUGCGAGACAGCCCUGACAGCCUCUUUGCUUACAUGGACAUACUUCUCAAACAUGUACCUGGAAGUUACUGCAUUCUUGUUGAUCGAUACUCUAUGGAUGAUUCACGGCAUCAGUCACUUCUUGAGUCGUGGGCACAGCUAUCUGUCAGCUCAUACCGCCCGAACUUUCUACGAUUUGAAUUAGCACCGGAUAUAGUUGUCCAUGAGCGACUAGGUUGUUUUGACCCCGAAGACGGGGUGUUCUUCGUGCCAAAGGGCGUCCGAACAGAUUGCGUUGGAAUGGUGUUCUCAGUACGCCCACCCAAGAACGUCAAAGCGCCCAACAUAGCUCAAGGACACCGAUUUAUUGUAUUAGCUUUUGGAUGGUCGACCGAGAUUGAAACGACCCAAUAUACUGUGGCAGACCUCAAUAGAUGGACGGAGGAACUUUCGAACAUGGAGAGCUUGCUCGCACAGGGGGCAAACACUCAGACUCAACUGCUUCGAAUAAUGGCUCUUUGGAACAUCCCGAAGGUAUCUAGCGUAGCCUGUCCUCUUGUCGACUCGAGCGAGUACAAUCGUGUACAUUUGGAACCUUCAUACACGACUAGAAGAAUUCGUGUUGGCUACGACAUCUUGGAGUCGGAAGACGUGCCACAUGAGAACAGAGGCAGAUGGACAUGGUCUAAUUGA